GUUGGAUAAAUAAAUUUUAUUUUAAAGAGAAAUCAUGUUGCUCCAUAUGUUCUACGAUUGUAUUUCGUUCUUAAUUUCUGACAAUACUCUUCAUCAGUGGAUGAUGGAAUUGGGUGUUCAUCAGAAACCAUUGAAAAAGAGCAAUUUUCACGAAAUUGCGGAACGUUCCAUAAAUGAAUCACUGCGUAUACUCGAAAGCAAGGACUGGAAUUUAGAAAUGAAGUCAGGAGAAGAUAUAAUCACCAGCAAAAGAAUACCAACCAUUGGAAAAGUGUUCAAGUACGAAGGAGUUGUGAAUAUGUCACCAGAAAAAAUAAAUAAUAAGCUUUUCUAUAAUGUUGAAACAGCCCCAGAAUGGAACCAGGGUGUCGAGAAAGCAAACGUUAUAGAAACAAUCGACAACAACACAAACGUCGUUCACUUCGUUUCUGCUAGUCGUUGCUUUGUAUCAAGUCGGGAUUUCGUACAUUUGAGAGCAUGGAAAAAGAAAGGUGACGCCAUAAUACAUUCAAGUUUUUCCAUCUCCCAUCCAAAAGCACCACCAAAUUCAACUUACAUAAGAGCUGAGCAUCGCUUCAAUACUUUCAUUUUACGACCUUACAGAGGAGAUCCAUCCAAGACUCAUCUCACAUGGCUUAUGCAAGUCACUCUAAAGGGAUGGAUGUCGCAAAGUAUCACUGAUCAUGUAAUAACCUACGGAAUGGCUGAUCAGAUGAGAGACAUCAGAUCAAUUUAACGACAUGCUUCAACAUUUGGGGUUUUGUACUCAAGUUUUUAAUCGCUAUUUAUUUUAUUAUUCAUGAUGUAUAUAUUUCGUUUUGUAAUAAAAUGUGUAGAGUCUUUUCAUUAUUAGAAAA